UUUUUUUCUUAAAUUUUAUGGAAGAGACCCCUUCAAAUUCAAAUAAAAAAUCAGAAAAAACAUUACAGGAAGAGAAAGAAAACGAUGCAAAUUCUUCAAGUAUUUCAUUAACAGAAACAACAAAAAGUCAAUUUACACAACAAGGGGAAAAUAAAAAUAUUUUUGUUGAUAAUCUGGAAAUAAAUAAACAACGAAAGGACUUUGAACAUUUUAAUAUAAAUACUCGAAUAAACAAUAAAUUUAAAGGAAUGGCUGAAAAAUCGGAAGUGGAAGCAUCUCAACAGAAAAACAACAAUACAAAUUCAUUAAAAUCACCCCCACAACCUCCACCAAAAACAAAUGUUCUCAGCAAAUUCCCUUGGAAGAGACAACAACAACCACUUGUUGUUAUCCCCAAAAGGCGCAAACAUAAAAAUCAUAUUUCUAAACGUAAAGGAAAUCGUGGGGGAGUAUUAGGGUCUUCAAUGCGAAAUUGUGUUUCUGACCCACAACUUUACCGCGGAUUCAAUCAUUGGUAUUCUCUUUGUGUUGAAAACCUUAAAUCUGUUUCUAUUCGACAAAAUGAAUUUUCAAAGAAAAAUAAUUCUUCCUCUAUGGGAAGUUCUAAAAAGUCUACAGAAGAAUAUAAAAACCGAAUAGAACAAUUGGAUGUUGCUGCAGCUAAAUUACUUGCUGUAGCUGAAAAUUUUGAAGAAGAUGAAAGACGUUUAAUGGCUGCUUCAGCUUCUGAACGUUUAGAAGCCAUGGGAAUUCCUUCUCCAAAUAUUGGAGAACAAAGGAAAAAUCAACAAGAAAUGGAGGAAUUUAAAUCUAAACAAAUACUUAGCCCAACAUUUAGAAAGAAAAGUAUCAACAACAGCACCCAACAUCAACAACAACCUUUAACUGUCCAACCCUCUUCUCUGGCUAAAGGAACAUCGAUAAGAUUAGCCCAGGAGAGAUUAGCAUUCGCUGCAGGGGGUCGUCAACACACUACUGGAGGGAUAUCUAAAAAUUCCAAUAUUGGAAAGAUUGGAGUUAUUCCUUCUCUAGACAUAACUACAUGUUCCCCAUCAACAUCUACAGCAGCUAUAACAGUCUCUUCCCCAAAAGAAAAUCAAAAAAAGAUUUUGGCCACUCCAGUAGAAGGAAUUGAACAAAUAAAUUCUCGUCCAAAUCCUUCAAAUUUAGAAGGAGAAAAUUCUGGAGGAAAUUUGGAAAGAAAAAUUUCCGGGAGAAGAAAAAGACUUGAAGAUUUAGCAAAAAUAAAAGAAGAACUAAGAAAUACAAAAUUACCUUCAAUUUCUAAUAAUUUGAAGAAGAAAAAAGAGAGAGAACAAAAACAAGAGGAAUUGGAAGAUGCUCAAGCAAAGAGUACUGUCGAUGCUGUGUCAGCAGCAUUUCAUACAACAAUUACUGAUGCACAAACAUCAACAGCUCGAUUACCAACUACAACAACAACCACUAAUGUAUAUGCUGCAAAACCGCCAGCUUCCCCUUCAUUGCUAGCUCGGCGAGAAUUAAACAGACUAGCUAAUAGGCGAGAUCCUGAUGAUUCAAAAUCAUCAAAGACAACAACAGAAGAAGCACAAAAACAGCAACUUUUAUCCCCAACUUUACAUACUCGAAAACUUAGCGGUCGUUUUCGUGCCGGAAAUGUUACUCAAAACAUUACAGCUUCAACAACCCCUUCACAUAUUCCUUUGGUUGCCGUCCCUAUUGAUCAACAAAUUGAUGAUGUUCAACAACAACAACCUUCCUCAUCACCUUUGACUACUCCUAAAUUUAGACAGCCUCCUGAACACCGCGCAGCUAGGAGUGGAUUGGCUAAAACACUUAGCCUUUUUGCUUCUAUUGAAGAUAAAAAUGAAAGUAGUCAAAAAAGUGUUAGUGGAACUACUGAAGGAGAGACUGGGACUUCAACAACUGAUGCUGCCAAUACUUCAGAUAAUUCUGAAAGAAGAGAGGAACAUUCACAAGCACCUCCUCCCUCAUCUCAUAAAUUAUCUCAGGCAAAAUUUUUCUAUUUUGUAACCGAAAAUAGUAGACCUAGUAAACCACUCGAUUUUAAAGCAACAGUACAACUCGAAAAUUAUUCUACACAAGCUGAUAAAAAUGAAGAUGUAAAGAAAGAAAAAGGAGAGGAAGGGAAAGACGAGGAGGAGGAUGACGAUGACGAUGAAAGCUACGAGACUCCAGGGGAGUCGACUACUGAAGCUAAGGUUCCUGUUUUGAAUCUGUCACGUCAUCAAAGGCCCCAUUCUGGACUUAUUCAAAAUCCACCAAUUCCACCCCCUCCCUAUCCCGGCCCAAAAAUACAACAACAAAAAUCAACAGCCCCAACAAAUGCUUUAAUAGCUUCAUUGCAAUUACCUCCAUCUGUUUGUGCUAAAGUUGAUAAAAUAAUUGCUGGUGGGGGAAGUGGUACUGUAAAGAAAGGAUUAAAUCAAACAGUCAGAAAAAGUAAUUGGAAUGACAGUCCUGGAAGUCGCCCAAUCCAGGACGACAAAGAAGGGCAUUUGCUUUAUCAUAAUGGCCAAAUAAUUGAUAAUAGAUUUGAAAUAGUCAAAACUUUGGGAGAAGGAACUUUUGGGAAAGUUGUGCAAGUUAAAGAUCUCAGAAUUGGAAGAAAAUCUUCUUCAACACCAAAAGCUUUAAAAAUAAUUAAAAAUGUUUCAAAAUAUAGAGAAGCUGCUCGUUUAGAAAUUAAUGUUUUGAGAAAAUUAAAAGAAAAAGAUCCGGAUAGUCGACAUUUGGUUAUCCAAUUACUUGACAGUUUUGAUUAUUUUGGACAUAUAUGUCUAUUAUUUGAUUUGCUAGGAUUAAGUGUCUUCGAUUUUAUGAAAUCGAAUGAUUACAGACCCUACCCUCUGGAUCAAGCAAGAUAUAUCGCUUAUCAGUUAAUACACGCAGUUAAAUUUUUGCAUGAAAAUCGUUUAACACAUACUGAUUUGAAGCCAGAAAAUAUACUUUUUGUAUGUAGUGAUUAUGUUACUGUGCCACAGGGUAAUUCUGAUGAAGGAAGGAGACGAAAACCUAUGCGAGUUGUUAAGGAUGCAACAGUCCGUUUAAUUGAUUUGGGUUCUGCCACCUUCGAUCACGAGCAUCAUUCAACUAUUGUCUCUACUAGACAUUAUCGGGCUCCAGAAGUUAUUUUGGAACUUGGAUGGUCACAACCUUGUGAUGUUUGGUCUAUUGGAUGUAUAAUGUUUGAAUUAUACACGGGACAGACUUUAUUUCAAACACACGAUAAUCGAGAACAUUUGGCAAUGAUGGAAAGAAUUUUAGAAAAUAUACCUUACAGAAUGGGAAGAAAAACAAAAACCAAAUAUUUCUACCACGGCCGAUUAGAUUGGAAUGAAAGAACAUCAGCGGGGCAAUAUGUACGAGAUAAUUGCAAACCUCUAAUGCGUUAUAUGCAAUCAAAUAACGAGGAACACCAACAACUUUUUAAUCUUAUUGACCGAAUGUUAGAUUACGAACCAAGUUCUCGAAUAGUUUUGGCUGAGGCACUCAGACAUUCUUAUUUUGAUCGUUUGGAUUCAAACCUUAGAGCACGUGUUGAUGGGGUAAAAAUUAACAACGGAGAAGGACAAAAUGGGGUUGGAGGGAGGAUUGGUUAAAAGUUUAACUUAUUUUUAUUUAAACUUUCUUAAAUGUUGGCGGAACCUUAAAUUCUCCAAAAUAAUUAUUUUUAAAUUAACGGUGAAGAUUGGAUGGAGGUCAGUCGGAAUUUCGAUUUUUGGCAGUUCCAAUUUCCGGCACCUUCAUAAUUUCCGACUGACCCCUGGUGAAGAUUUACAUGAUAUGUUUAAUUGUUUAUAGGUAUUUUUAAUUUUGUAAAACAUUUCCCCCUCAUAUUGAGUAGGUGUCCGGAAAAUUGGGCUCUGGAAAAUUGGGCUCCAAGAUUUUUCGGAAAUUUGGGCUCCAACUUUUCGGAAAAUUGGGCUCCGGCGGUAAUUUGGGCUCUGCGUGAAAAUAUCGGAAUAUUGGGCUCUAAAAUUUUGGGCUCCGGAGGAAUUUUGGGCUCUGAGGAAAAAAGUCAAAUUAUGCAACAAUUAGAGAUGAGUGAAGGGCAAAGAUGGAUUUUCAGUAUUUUUAACACAAAAAAUGGUGU